GAGAGUGAGAAUGAGAGAGAGAGAGAGAGAGAGGCGCGAUUUCCACUUCUCACAUCAUGUUUCUGCUUUAUGUGGUGGCAGCGAGUAGCUUAAACCCUAAUUUUUAAGGCCUCUUAAACCCUAAAAGAUCGGCUCUGUUGUUGCAUUUCCAGCACCAGUUCUAGAAGCUUCUGGAUGUGGUUUGAAGAAAAUGCCGAUGAGAGGAAUCACAACACUGUAUACCAUAUUCAUUUUUAUCACGAGAAUUUGAAAUUUCCCACUAAUUGCAAUUAACAAUUAGCCAAAUGGACGCAAGAGAAGCCACUAGGUUAGCUUCAUCUGAACAUCAGGGUACGAUUGCAGGCCCAAAUUCUUACAGCGCCAACUUACCGAACAGCCCGAUGGUUAGUCCGACCUCAGCAGGGAUGAUGCAAACCACACGUCUUCCGUUUAAUUCAGCAGUACCUCCUGGAUUAAAACCCAUUGAUACUUUGAACUCUUCGUAUAACGAAGAUGUGUUGCCUGGCAUGAGAUCAGGUGGCUUCAGCGAAAAUGACAUGAUGAAAAAGAAGAGAGGUAGGCCAAGGAAGUAUGGGCCCGAUGGUGGUAUGGCAUUGGCAUUGACUCCUAUGUCCUCUGCUUCGGGAUAUUCUGAUACUCAGGCUUCCGAACUGUCAUUCAAGCGGAGAGGGCGGCCCCCAGGGUCGGGAAAGCGGCAACAGUUGAAUGCCUUAGGCUCUGCUGGGAUUUCCUUUACUCCUCACAUCAUCACAGUUAAAGCCGGAGAGGAUGUAGCAUCAACGAUCAUGGCUUUUUCACAGCAAGGGCCACGUGCAGUCUGUAUCCUUUCAGCAAACGGUGCCAUUAGCAAUGUCACCCUUCGUCAACCAGCAACUUCUGGUGGGACUGUGUCAUAUGAGGGCCGCUUUGAAAUCAUUUCUCUGUCGGGUUCGUUUUUGCUUACAGAGAGUGAUGGCACCCGAAGCAGGACUGGUGGAUUGAGCGUAUCAUUGGCAGGAUCAGACGGCCGUGUUAUUGGGGGUGGAGUGGCUGGGAUGCUAAUGGCAGCAACCCCAGUGCAGGUUGUGGUGGGCAGUUUCAUUGCAGAUGGUAAAAAACCAAAACCAGAUCCUUUGAAACGUGAACCUUCAUCGGCACCCCCACAAAUGGCAGGCUUGGCCACAGCAGCGCCUGCCAGCCUGCCCUCACAGGGUUCCACAAGUGAGUCAUCUGAUGAUGAACCUAGUAGCCCCCUCGACCAAAGAACUGGGACCUAUGGCAAUUCUGGCCAACAUGCUCAACCCAUUGCCACCUUGUAUCCAUCUGGUGGAUGGGCAGGUCAUCACUCAGCCAAUCAGCACAGACACGAUACCAACAUGAAGAUGUAGCAACGAACCACUGUGUUCUCUAACUAACUAGUGAUUUACUUGGAAUUUUAGUUAUGUUUUUGCUCACUAGCUUAGCUGGUAGGAUUAACAGAUGGUGCCAGGGACUGUUGAAGAGAGCCUUUCCAUAUAGAGGGUUGAACAUGAAAUUCAGCUUGAUGAGGGCCAGAUCAUUCCACCACAGCUUCCCAGGGCCUAAUGUGCCAUUGUUAUUGCCUAGUUUCUGACACGUUCUUUCCUCAACCAUGUUUUAUUGUUGUGAAAGCUGUUGACUGUUCGUUGACUCCAUUAUGGAGAUCCUGUUUUUGUAUCUUGAAAGAGUUUGGCUGUCCUUAUUUUCCUUGUACCGGAAGUUGCUCGAGUUCUCACGUGAUAUGUAUGCUAAACAGUUUGUUUAUCAGACUUAUGUAUUGUUGUACCU